GGAAAACAUCCUCCACCCGUCUGCAGCUUCAGCCCAGAACACAUGAGGAGAACCUCCAGAACACAUGAGGAGAACCUCCAGAACACAUGAGGAGAACCACCAGAACACAUGAGGAGAACCUCCAGAACCUGAGCAGAAGCAGGAGCCUCGGGGCCGGACCGCAGGGCUCCAACACAUGGUCUGAGGACCUGUGAGAGGACGGCACAGCAGACGAUGGUGCUUCCUCUUCCUCCUUCCUCCAACUCCUCCCGCGCCGCAGGUGCUGAGGAGGGGCCGCAGUGCAUCGUCAACGACCAGAUGACACCCUUCACCGUCCUCUACAUCCUCAUCUUCAUCAUCAGUCUGCCUGGAAACCUGCUGUCUGUGUGGGCGUUCAUACGCAGCCCCAGAGCCAAGCAGCAGAGCAGCAGCGUCUACCUGGUCAACCUGCUGGUGGCCGACCUCCUGCUGCUCCUCGCUCUACCUUUUAAGAUCCUGAAGGACCUCGGGGCGGCGCCGUGGAGCCUCAUGGUGUUCCACUGCCAGGCCAGCGCCGUCACCAUCUACAUCAGCCUCUAUGCCUCCAUCGCCUUCCUCGCCUUCAUCAUCACAGACCGCUAUCUGCAGGACUGCCAGACUCUGCGCUCUCUGCGGCUGCAGGAAGUCGGCUUCGCCCGGCUGCUGUCGCUGGUCGUCUGGCUGCUGCUGCUGAUGCUCAUGGUGCCCAACAUGGCUCUGCCCAUCCAGCAAGUACAGGUGCAACAGUUUCUCAGCUGUUCCUCCCUAAAGAAAGACAUCAGCCUGCAGUGGCACACCCUCAGCAUCUUCCUCUGUACCGCUUUGUUCCUGAACGCAUCGGCCGCCGUGGUGAUCUCCAGCGGUCUGGCUCUCAGGAGGCUGCUGGGCAGCCGCAGCGACCCUAAGCUUUGGGUCAACGCCCGGCGGGCGACGGGUAGUGUAGCGGCCGUGGCUCUGGCCUACAUACUCUGCUUCGUGCCCUACCACAUCGUCCGGAUGCCGUACACGUUGGCCCAAAACAAAGUGAUCACAGACUGUCAGACCAAGAGGCAGCUGUUUCUGGGGAAGGAGUCGACGCUGCUGCUGACCGUACUGCACCUCUGCUUUGACCCGCUACUCUUCUUCUACCUCUACGAACCUUUCAGACAGACAGUCAGCCAUGUGUUCAGCUGCAUCACAAACCAGGCAGCAGCUGAUCCUGAGGAGGAGCAGGCUGCAGAGGAGGAGAUGCAAACUAUGACUGCUGCACCGCAGGAGGACAGAGUCUGAUACACAUGUGAAGAAUGGAUUCACACAUUCAUCGUCAUACUAAAAAACUACAAUGAACUCGUGAAAUGCUCCAGCACGUGACUGGACGCAGGUUGAAAAGUGA